GUGAGAAACUAGCACUAGCAGCUGGGCUUGCUCGCUCGUCCGCCAUCUUGGUUCUUGUUGUAUUCAAACCAUAUUGAACUCUGCUUUACUCUUGCAAGAAUAAUAAUGGAAAGCUCUUCUGAGAAAGCGAAUCAAAGGGAAAAUAAUGAUGACGGUGACAAAGUGUGGUUGAAUGCCCAUCAAGACCCUAUGGCAAAUCUCUAUACCUUUUCCUCUUCCAUUUCAUUGGCUGACCUUAAUGCAGAUGGCGACUUCAAGCUUCUUGUGGCAGAUUUUGGUACAGGAACUUUUGACAUGAAGCUCAAGGUGUUCAAAGGAACGAGUCUCUUUAUGGAAAGUGCUAUAAUUGACCUUUCAACUGCACUGGUAACGUUUUACAUGGAUACCAAUGAUCCACGCACCCCAGCUGUUGCCGUUGCAUCAGGGCCUUUUAUAUAUGUAUAUAAAAAUUUAAGGCCAUACUUUAAAUUUACGUUACCGCCUCUUGAAGUCAAUGCAGUUGAGCAAGAUCUUUGGAACCAAGCAAAGGAGGACAAGAUUGAUUUUCAAAUGCUCAAGGAAAUGCUGGAGAGUUUAAAGAAUGAAGGAAGUGAAGGUGAAUUGACAGUCAGAUCACUAAAAUUUCUUUCUCUGCCACUGGAUGAAAUGGAAAACUUUGCUAGCAUUUAUGAAGCAGCCCCUUUGAAACGGCAGACAGUGAUUACUUGUAUGAACACUUUAAAGAAAAGCAUGGCUGAUGAUGAUGCUGUAAGCUGCCUUGUUAUUGGGACAGAAAGUAAAGAUAUAUAUGUCUUAGACCCUGAGGCAUUCACUGUUCUUUCUAAGAUGAGUCUGCCUAGUGUUCCAUCAUUCAUGUCUGUAACAGGCCUAUUUGAUGUGGAAUUUAGAAUAGUGGUUGCCUGUCGUGAUGGGAAAGUGUAUACCCUCAAGAGAGGAAGUAAGACUGCUAAAGCCUGCAUAGAAUUAACAUCACAAGCUGUAUCUUUGGAACGCAUAGGGAAAAACAUCAUCAUAGGGUGCAUGGAUGAUACUUUGACUUGCUAUUCCACCAAGGGAAAGAAGCUUUGGACUGUUUAUCUUCCCUCGAACAUUGUUAGCAUGGCUAUUAUGGACUAUAAGGCUAGAAGCUUUAAAGGCUUACUUGUUAGCCUUAAUAAUGGAGAAACAAGGGUUUACAAGGACAAGUUUCUUGUAAGCACAAUAAAAACAAAUGACCCAGUCACAGCUAUCAGGUUUGGAAGAUUUGGUAGAGAAGACAGUGCACUGAUUUUGAUAACAACAGUAGGAGGACUUUACGUGAAGAUAUUGAAGAGGACAGCUACAUUUGAAGGUAAGGACCUGACACCAGGACCCCCUCCAGCACAGUCAGUUAAACUCAAUGUUCCAAAGAAAACCAAGUUGUUUGUUGACCAGACAUUAAGAGAGCGUGAAAGUGCUGUCAGUAUGCAUCGUAUGUUCCAGCAUGACUUGUAUCUUCUCCGACUGACUGCUGCCAGGUCAUACGUCAAUGCACUGCAAAAGAGCCUCAAUCCAGUGUCCUCAUCUGCUAUGGAACCACUCAAGCUAUCAGCCCACAUACAGGGAAUUGGUCCUGCAUUCAAGUUGACUGUAAAUCUGCAAAACAUUUCACCAAGUGUUGCCAUCACAAACUUGCUGAUAACAUUUCAGUUUGAUGAAUCUCUUUAUGCUUUAGCAAAACCAUGCAUUGUUGUGCCAUUACUUGUACCAGGCCUUUGUUAUACUUUUGAAAGUUUAGUGGAGUGUAUAAGUGAUAAAGGUAUUUCUGAUACCAUUAAAGUGUUUGUGCUUAGGCAAGGAAAAAGUAUCCCUAUCAUUACAGCUGUGAUCAACAUGCCAGUUAGUGAGGCAUUGGUCAUUGUUUAACCUUACGUCUUCUAUUGUCCUGCUAUCAGCCACCUUGGAGGAUGCCUUAAUUGUAAUAUAUGUAUAUUACUUCAUAAUAAUGGAUUAAUAAUAGGCUUUUUCCCCCACUUAUUAUGAAUCACAAAGAUUGUCACCUAUUCAAUUAGCUCUUUAGUUUUUUUAAGUGGCACUGUCCGUUAUUCUGUCCUUUUUCACUAUAGUAUGUAACUAUAUUUAUCUCAUAAACUGUUUUUGUUGAUUAAAAUGACUGUCUUAACUCCAACAAGUGCAAAAUGCUGCAGCACACCUUCUGACAAACAGAUGAAAACCAGAUCACUCCUGUUGUAAAGGUUUUUACACUGGCUCCCUAUCAAGGCCCACAUAAUCUUCAAAAUUCUGAUCACAUACAAGAAGAUAUAAUCCUAGUUGUUCUUUUAACCAGCUGCUUCUGAAAAUUCCAAAAUAAAACACUGUUAUGUUAGCAACAAAAUUGUGGAAUUCUAUUGACCUUGACAUUAAAAUUUCUGUAAAUUUA